AAGGUGAACUGGCUGCUGAGAUGGAGAGGAGGGACCAAUUAGUUUUGACCUUCUACAGUCCUGAGGUCCCCAAAUUUAAGGGGAACCGGAAAUACCAAAGGCCUACCCUCCCCACCAACAAACAUCCGAGUGCCUCGAUGCCACCCCAGAGGCGGCAGCAGCAUGUGGAUCAGACACACAUCUACAUCCGAAUGUUCUGUGGCAGCCUGUGUGGUUUUAGCCUCCUAAUGCUGAUCUGCGUGUCCCCACUGAAUUGGGUGCAGUUCCUGGUGAUCAAGAAUGGCCUUGAACUCUACGCAGGACUCUGGAUCUCAUGCAGCCAUGAGCUAUGCUGGAGCCACACACCCAAGCCACCCUAUUAUCUCCAGUAUUCCAGGGCCUUCUACCUCAUCUCUGUCCUCACCAUACUCAUCAGCCUUGGCUGGCUCUUCAGCGCUUGCCUCCCCAGAAGAGGAAGCGUGACCACCAACUUGGAUCUGAAGGUCUCCAUGCUCAGCUUCAUCUCAGCCAUCUGCUUGCUCCUCUGCCUCAUCCUAUUUCUGGCACAGGUUCACGGGCAUACCAGGAAUGCCAUGGAGUCAGCUCUCCUAUGGGCCUAUCAUAUUAAUUGGUGGAGUGACUUCUUAUACAUGUUUUCUGGGAUCAUCUCCUUUGUCAACUACAUAACUUUCAGAUCUCCUCCCCUUGAUCAAAACGUCACUGUGAUUCCCACAGAGCGGUCAAGGCUAGGGAUUGGUCCAGUGACUACAGUUUCACCUGCUGAAGAUGAAGGGUCAAGGCCUGACAUGGAAUAUGCAAGUGACAGAGAGGAGAAUCUACCAAAUGCAGACCUACCAGAUGCAGACCUACCAGAUGCAGACCUACCAGAUACAGACCUACCAAAUGCAGACCUACCAGAUGCAGACCUACCAGAUGCAGAAAUGUGA